UCAGUUCGUAGUUUCGUAAAACUUUGCCGUGUCUUAAAAUUUCAAAACUUAAAUUACUGAUUAAAAUAAACUACGUAUUAGAAAUAUUAUUUUCAUUAUGAAAAUUUAAACUGUAGUGUAUUUAGUAAAUUAUUAUAAUUAAUCAGUUUCAUAUUUGAAUAAAAUAUAGCGCGCGCGCUAAUUAAAAAGAAAUUCAUACGGUUCAAAUAAGAACUAAACGGACAACAAAGGAAACAGUUGAAAUUCAAUCUUGAAACGCAGUAUUCGUUUAUUUGCUAAGUGCUGACAGGAACGUACAAGUUAACGUCUACACGAUAAAUAAAAAUAUAAUAAAAUUUAUAAAAUAAAAUAGUGGGAUUUAAAUUCAAAAAAAUCAAACUGCAAGUUAAUGUAAUAAAUUAUAUAUUUAAAUACAGUAACAAGUUAUAUCUUCAAUAAACAAUGGGGAAACCUUACACAACUGAAGAUUACAUUGAAAUGAUCGAAUUGUAUGAAAAAAACAAAAACAAUGCAGCGGCAGCAGCUAGAGAAUUCGCACAACUUCAUCCUGACUAUCAGUUACUUCCAAAAGGCCACACGAUUCGCAAAGCUGUUGAACGGAGAUCAAGAACAGGUACAGAGGUACCAGCAGGUCAUCAAAUGAUGUGGGUUUAUGUUGGAGAUAGACAACCUAAACCUAGACGUGGUGUUUCAAAACGCUUAUUAGAUGAAAUUAUGAAAUCUGCGGCUGCGGCAUCAAGGGCCAAAAAAAAUGAAGGAAAAGUUACCAAGAAAAAUCAAGGAAAAGCUCCUCAGAAAACCCUAAAGCAAGAUGGAUCUAACAAAACUAAAAAAUAAUUCCAUUUAAUUCAUAUUUUUUUAUCGUUUAAUAUUCAUUAAUCACUUCUUUAAUUUGUGUGUUUUCAUUAAUAAUUUUUUAAAUAUUUAAAAAAUUAAUACUUUAUGUUUAUGUCAUAAUUCUUAUUUUUUCUAUCAUUUAAUUAUUUACGUUAUCAGAAUUUCGCUCAAUGUUAAACAUUUAAAACUUAUAUAUCCCAGUCAAAAUUGAUGAUAUAUGAUCGUAUGUGACCAAAUAACAUAGUAUCUGAUCAAAUAUAAAAUAUUGCGCUGUAUGAUCACAUCUCAGGAUUUUUUCUUAAAUUCAUUAAAAAUUAUAUCAUCAUAUGUGGUUAGAUAUAAAUGUAUAUGAUCAUAUGUGACUACAGUACUUGUAUCUGAUCAGAUACAAUCACAUCUCAGGAUUUUUUUCUUACGUUAAUUUAAAUUUUGUAAUCAUUUGUUGUCAGAUAUAAAAAUAUAUGAUCAUAUAUGAAGCAGUACUCGCUCUUAUAGCUCAUACAUGAUAUCUUUCGUCAAUAUAUUGGAUGAUAUUUGAUAUAUGAUCAUUCAAACUCAUAUCUCAUCAGAUUUAAAAUAAUUUCUCAUAUUUAAAUAUAUAUGUGAUUCUAUCUGAGAACUUUCUUUCGGUCAUUGACUGAUUUUCUAAUUUUAUGUUAAUCAUUUCUAAAUUCUCGUGCCAUAAUUACUUAUACUGACUAAUAAAAUAAGUAAACUUUAAGAAAUAUAUGAAUAAUUAUUAUUGUUACUCUAAUAUAUGUA